GAAAAUUCAAAGGUUUAAGCAUCGCUUAUCUACUCAACCAAUCAGACUGGGUUAUGGUGGUUCGGUGAUUCUCCCAUUUUGUAUUCGGUCGUUGUUAUUGUUAUAGUUCGUCGCAUGAUGAAAGAAACCAAAUUAAUUCGAUGUAUCUCAGUAACAUUAUUGAUAUGCCUGAAAAUAGUCCUCUGCAGUCAGUCACAGAAUUCCAUUUUAGUUGGAGGUUGCGCUAUUGAUUCAAAUGUGAAGGUAUGUCAGUGUACAAGAGAUGUUUUGGAAAUUCAAAGGACACGUGUCAUGCCAUUUGGGGUGUCCUGUAUAGUUUAUGAUGAUAAUGUCGAAUACAACAGAAGUUGCUAUGAUAACAGAAAUGAAGUGGUGGUCCACCGCGAAAAAAGGUUCGGUGAAUUCGCAGGAGUAGGUAGUCUUGUGGGGGGAGUGUUUGGUCCGAUCGGUAGGGCCAUUGGUGUUGCAGUUGGACUCGUUGUGGACAUAAUAUGUAUAUUCCUUUGCGGAAAACAGGAUCCCCCGCCAGAAAAUAAACCACCGUACGUUAAAACACCGGCAAGACUUCAUUCGACGAGUACGAUAAUAGCCGGCAGCGGAAAAACAAAUGCGACCGUAUCAUGGACUGUGCCAACAUUUUAUGACAAGGAAGACGCGAAGGAAUUAAAGUACAGAACAACUCCUGCGAAUUUCCGCUCCAAUGGAAUGUAUCCAGAAGGAAGUCAUGCGGUGUUCUUCGCAGCUGAGGACAGUAAAGGGCUUCCGGUGCAGACAGGUUUGCGGUUUAAAAUAAAAGUGAUCCGCUGUGGAAGUCCGCCUUGGCCGAAUACGGCAAACUAGACUGUACAAAUAGUGAUAAUCGUAAUAUAUUCGGUACGAAAUGCGCUUUGAAGUGUGACAGAGGAUAUAUAUCUCCACGUUCAAUGACACAGUGCACAAAGACUGGAACAUGGAAUCCAUCAAAAGCACUUGAUUGUAAACCUAUCAAAUGUCAACCGCUUCCGCCCAUUAAGAAUGGAAGAUCAUCAUGUCUGGAGGCCGCAUACAAUGAACCAUGUCAAGUUAGUUGCCCCCCCGGUUUCAUGUCAAAGGUGUAAGCCAUGUUAUGUGCGAU